AUGAACUGUGGAUCCCCGGCGCAUGCGCAGAAGAAGCUCAUUCAUUCAGUACAGACAGGCAGCAGCGAUACGUGUGAACUCAGUAACAGUCACAUCCUGGUGGUGAUCCACAUCACCACAGCCAGCCAGACCAUCAAGGUCUCCAUCGACGACACACCGGCUCAGGUCUUGUCAAGCUUUUUCGCCAAGACAGCAAAUAAAAGAUCUCUGCUGGGCAUCCCUGAAGACGUGUGUGAAGCAGACUAUGUGCUACGUGUGUGUGGCAGGGAGGAGUAUCUGUACGGGGAUAAACCACUGCAGAACUUCAACUGGAUCCGUCAGUGUUUGAAGAAUGGCGAGGAGAUCCACCUGGUUCUGGAGAUGCCGCCUGAUCCUGAUCUGGAUCUGGUCCACAAGGAGGACUGGGCCCAGGUGGAUGACUGCACCGGUGUCGCAGGUACCCAUGAGCAGUUGACCAUCGAUGAGAAAGACCAUGAGCGGGUGUUCACCAUCUCCAUGUGGGACUGUAACAGGAAGUUCAGAGUGAAGGUGCUGGGUAUCGACAUCCCAUCAAUGCCCAAGAUCCCAGAGUUUAUUGUCUUCAUAGAGGCCAGCAUCUUCCACGGCCAGCAGCUGUUAGCCCAGGAGAGGACAACCUCCAAAACAUUCAAUGAAGAAGUGCUGUGGAACUGCUGGCUGGAGUUUAACAUCAAAAUCAAAGACCUGCCUAAAGGGGCACGCCUCAACCUCCAGGUGGUUUGUGGGAAACAACCUCAGACACCAAACUCGAAGGGGAGCUCUUACCAGGACACUACAGGAGGAGGAGCAGGCAGCCAUGAUGCAAAGACCAAGAGUCGUCUCCUAUACUAUGUCAACCUGCUCCUCGUCGAUCACCGCUCGCUGCUCCGCCAGGGCGAGUUCAUCCUCCACAUGUGGAAAAUGCCAGAGAAGAGCGAGGAGAGCAGCAGCAGCAGCAUCAACGCAGACAAGCUCACCUCGGCAACCAACCCGGACAAGGCCUCUUCCAUGGCCAUCGCCAUCUUACUGGACAAGUACUGCUACCCUGUGGUGCUGCCCAAGAGCCGGGACGUGAGCCGGGAUGCGGUCGCUGGGGGCGAGGAGGCCGAGGCAGGGGAGCGGGGUCACAGGGAGAUGCCGAACCAUCUGAAGAAGCAGUUUGAAGCUAUUGUGGCGACCGACCCGCUGCAUCCGCUCAGUCCCGAGGACAAAGAGCUGCUCUGGCACUUCAGGCACGAGUGUAUGCGUGACCCCAGGGCGUACCCUAAGCUGCUGGGCUCAGUCAGAUGGGGGAAACAGGAGGACGUGUUGGUGACACACCGUCUGUUGGAGCGCAGCAGUGCUUGGGACAGCAGUGGUCUGGAUGUUGGUCUGGCCAUGCAGCUGCUCGACUGUCAUUACUCUGACGCUCAGGUUCGCUCAAUGGCUGUCAGGAAGCUGGAGACGCUGGAGGACGAUGAUGUGCUCAGAUAUCUUCUGCAGCUUGUGCAGGCGGUGAAGUUUGAGCCCUACCAUGACAGUGCCCUGGUGAGGUUCCUGCUGAAGAGAGCUCUGAGGAGUAAGCGUAUUGGUCAUUUUCUCUUCUGGUUCCUGCGCAGUGAGAUCGCUCAGUCCAUGCACUACCAGCAGAGAUAUGCUGUCCUGCUGGAGGCCUACCUCAGAGGCUGUGGGGAAGCCAUGCUGAUGGACUACAGGGAACAGGUGGAGAUUACAGAUGCUCUGCAGAAAGUCACCCGUGAGAUGAAGGCAAUGUCUGCUGACAAAUAUGACGUCACUGCACAAGUGGUGUUACAGUUGCGUCAGAAACUGGAGAUUCUGCAGUCGUCUGGUCUGCCAGAGAGUUUCAGGGUCCCGUAUGAUCCUGGACUGAGAGCUGGAGCCCUGUUGAUUGAGCAAUGCAAAGUGAUGGCGUCUAAGAAGAAGCCGCUGUGGCUGCAGUUUAAAAGGGCCGACCCCACCACUCUGUCCAAAGACCCCAUCGGCAUCAUCUUCAAAGACGGAGAUGACCUCCGACAGGAUAUGCUCAUCCUGCAGAUUCUGCUCAUCAUGGAGUCAAUCUGGGAGACGGAAUCACUGGAUCUCUGCCUGUUACCAUACGGCUGCAUCUCCACUGGAAACAGAAUAGGUAUGAUUGAGAUCGUUAAGGAUGCCACCACCAUUGCUAACAUCCAGCAGAGUGUCGUUGGGAGCACCGGUGCUUUUAAAGAUGAAAUCCUGUAUCAGUGGCUUCGGGACAAGUGUGUCAGUGAGGACAAGUUUCAGGAGGCUGUGGAGAAGUUCCUGUAUUCCUGUGGUGGCUACUGUGUGGCCACAUAUGUUCUGGGGAUCGGGGAUCGCCACAAUGACAACAUCAUGAUCACUGAAUCUGGGAAUCUCUUCCACAUCGACUUCGGUCACAUCCUGGGGAAUUACAAGAGCUUCAUGGGAAUCAAUAAGGAGUGGGUUCCCUUCGUGCUCACACCAGACUUCCUGUACGUCAUGGGAACGUCAGGAAAGAAAAGUAGCCCCCACUUCCAGAAGUUCCAGGACGUGUGUGUAAAGGCUUACCUCGCCCUGCGGCAUCACACCAACCUGCUCAUCAUCCUCUUCUCCAUGAUGCUGAUGACCGGCAUGCCCCAGUUGACCAGUAAGGAGGAUAUCGAGUACAUCCGAGAGGCAUUGACUGUCGGCCGCAACGAGGACGAGGCUCAACGCCACCUGCUGGACCAGAUAGAGAUUUGCAGGGAGAAAGGCUGGAUGGUUCAGAUCAACUGGUUUGUUCACCUGGUGCUGGGAAUCAAGCAGGGUGUGGACAAACGCUCCACUUAGUUCAAGUUGGGAACGUUUUCAAGUUGUUCCUCUUUAUAUUUUAAACCAUGUGUACAAAUCAAACCAAAUCCCAACCAAAUAGUAAUAAACUCUGGACAAAGGACCCAAACUACAUCAGUCUGACAUUCUGACUGAAAAAUAGAAAAACUGGAAGUGAUCAAAUCUGAGGAUUUAAACCUGUCAGAUGGCUCCCCCUUGUGGCACUGAGAGUCAUUACACAUGUCCUCACUACACAUCUCUUUCUGUUUUUUAGACGGUAGGCUUUCCUUUGAGCGCCAAGCAAACUUUUCUUGUGUGAGGUUUUUCUCGCUUAGGUUCCUCCCAUGGUUGUGCCCGUCUUCUGCUCUGAGUGACCAAUCGUUGCUGGUUGAUGUAAAAUGCAUCACAACCAAAUAUAAAUGUAGCAGACUCUCACAUGUAUUUAAAACUCACCACAGGAGAGAACGUUUUCAUCGCACUGCUUAGACCAAGUCCAACAUCCACACCAAGCUCACAAAAUAACAUUUACUGGAGUCUUUUAUUUUUUCUUGCUCAAAUCAGCAUCAAUAUGAAAAUCUAAAGUCUGUACCUGCUGCAAACUUUCCUUUAGUUUGGUUUUCAGUCUUACACUAUCUAUAAAAUGAGUGUGAAAUGUGUACUGAUGCAACACAACCCCCAAAUGUUAUUUUAAAACAUAGUAACUGUUAAUUGAAUUGGCACUGAAGUCGUGCUGCACGGUUCCCUUUAUCCCAGGAGGCAAUGUCACACAUAUGCAAAUGCAACGUGUUUAUCGCAGACCAGAGUUCACCGAGGUUAAACUCCAUGGGAAGCCACGCUGCUACUUGCCUCGCCAUGGGAAAAUACUCAACCCCUCACUAGCACACAUUGAAGUGAAUGGCAGGCAAAGGUUCACCACUAAUAUAUUUGCGUGUGUUAAAGGGUCAGUCUGUUAAAUAAAUAAAAAAAUAUGAAAUAUUGAAAGCACACAAAGUAAAUAAAAUGCUAGGAAUUAUUAAAUUAGUUGGAUGCCCUGUGUAGAUAUUGCAGGUAAUGUAAUAAGUGUUCUGGUGAUCAUGUUUUUUUAUUUAUUUAUACAUCUAUUCAUCUUUUUAUUUGCACUGACUGUCUUUCACGUAUUUAAAAACUUGGUGCUCGUGACAUUUUGAUUCCAAAAACACAUUAACGGUCAAAUAUCUUAAUGUUAAUUUAUAACUUGUGUAGAAGACAGUCGUCGCACAGUCAUGUAGCAGUGGCCUGUGACAUUUAGCACGUGCUGGUCAGUGCUGUAGUCACUUCUAAUUAUGGAAUAUAUUUCUUAAACUUAUAUUAAACUUAAUCCCUUAAAGCUUUCAGAGGUUUUUGUGUAAACCCACAGCUGAGCAGAGACUGACAGUAAAGACCCAUAAUUUAAGUCUGGAAAAGUAUUGAUCAUCUUUGGUUAUCGAGGAAUUUUGAGAGAAUCAGAUUUGUUUUCUGAGUUGUAGAUAAAAGCUCUUACAAAUAUCAGUCAUUUGAAAAUCUGUUUUUAAUAUUAAUGUGUUGGAAGGAUCUAAUGUUUUUUAAUGAAGCCUUUUGUGCCUGUAAAUAUUUUUCAAUCGAUUCUGCAAAGUGAAAUAAUUGGAACUUGUUAGCUUUUUGUGUUUUCAGAA